AUGGCGACCGGCCCGCCGUGCCUGAGCCUGUGGCUGUGCCUGGCCGGGCUGCUGAGCCUGCGGGCGGCCAGCGCGCUGCCCCUGCGCCCCGACCCGCGCGACGAGGUGCUGGCGGCGGCCUUGCAGCGCCUGCGGGAGGUCUUCGACAUCGAGGAGCUGCCGCCCGACGUGCUGCCCCGCAAGAAGCCGCCCCAGUUCAUGGUGGAUCUCUUCAACAAGGUGGCCGACGCCAACGGCAUCACCCGCGCGCCGGGGCUGCUGCAGGGGGACGUGGUGCGCAGCUUCGAGGACCGAGUCCACCUGGACCACCACCACUUCUACUUCGACAUCAGCGCCAUGGAGAAGGGCGAGCAGAUGCUGAAAGCCGAGUUCAGGGUCUUCAAGCUCAAGAGGACACGGCGGUCCAGAAGGUCCGAGGUGCAACACUUCUGCAAAGUGGAAGUGUAUGAGCUCUUGGAGAGUGAAAAUAAGCCACAGAAAAAACAUCUCAUUGCAUCAAGAUUAUUGUCCCUCUACGGAGAAGGCUGGGAAGUCUUCAACGUCACUCAGACAGUUUCCAAGUGGGUUGGAAACAGCAGCUCCAACCAUGGCUUUUGGAUAAGGACGACACAUGUUUCCAAGAAUGGAAUGGAACACGACGUGGUUACAUUUGCCAAGAGCCAGGGCUCUUUUCAGGAGAGUAGAAAUGCUCUCCUUAUCCUCUUCACGAACAGUAACAAACGGAGGUCUCACAGCUUUGUACCCUCUGCUGCAAAAUCAGAAGCAGGCCGUGUUUCCCAUGAGCCUGAUGUGGAAAGCAGCAGUGGCAGCACGAGCAGGAGAGCCCGCGCUGCCAGGAGCCCCUUGGCAGCGUGCCACCGAAGGGAGCUCUAUGUAGACUUCCAUGCUAUUGGCUGGUCAGGGUGGAUUAUUCACCCCAGUGGAUACAAUGCCUUUUAUUGCAGAGGAUCCUGCAUCUUCCCUUUGGGGGAAAGUCUAAAUGCAACAAACCAUGCUACAGUUCAGUCCAUUGUUUAUACACUGAAGCUGUCUCAAGAUGUCAGCAUGCCCUGCUGCGUGCCAGAUGAAUUGAAGUCCCUCAAUCUCCUCUACUUUGAUGACAAACAGAAUGUCGUCCUUAAAAAUUAUAAAGACAUGGUGGCAACAAGGUGUGGUUGUCAUUAGCAAGACUUUUUUUUUUUUCUGCAUUUGAUGUGCACCUGGAUUCAGUUCCCCAUUUGCCACUGAAGAUACCAAAGGAGAUGGCAUUUCAGUUCACAGGGCAGGAGAGAGGGAAACUGGUCCGAGCUUCAAAUCCUUCUCCUCUCACCAUGGCUGUGUGGAAAGGUGGCUGGCUUAUGGAAAGCUGCAGACUUUAAGAGUUCCAUGAAGAACUCUUUGAGUGCCUGAACACCAAGGAAACUAUUAAAAUCAGGAACUUGCUAUGUGAAGGAAUUGAAACACAUUAAGUUGACUGUUCAAAUUAAGGUCUUACUCAGUAUACCAAGGCUCAGAAUUACCAGUGAUUUAACAGGCAUGGCAUCCUGCCUCAAUCCAGGAUGAGAUGCAGGUGUCUCAGUAGCAGAGCCUUAAUCAGUUUUGGCUGCAUGAUCCAGUGGGGAUGUGCAGCUCUCAGGGUAAGUAUUUGCCCAGAGAUAAUUUUAGAGGUCUCUACGACUUGCAGAUCAUGCAUUACCAGGAAAUGGACUUCUCCCUCUGAGCUUUAUGCAGCUCUACCAAGUGCAGAGACCUCCUCAUAAGUCCCUAUGGGACUUGCUAGCCAGUCUGAAGGAGCCCAUGGGUCAGUAUCUGUCUGGGAAUCAGCUUACUUGUCUUCUAACUCAGGGCUGCACCUCGGUGUGGUGAGGCCAGUCUCUGUGAGGGCUGUUUGGAAGUAUGGCAACAGAGCCUGCCCUUGUGUAUUUGCUGUGCUGUGGGAUCCUAAGCUUGGGUCAGAACCCUCGUGGUUUAGCAAAAAGAAAGAAACCCAUGAAGCUUUGGAGGUCCAUGAGGAUAUGCUAGAUACUGGCCUGGCCAGGUGUCUGAGGUGAGUGUGCUGCAAGGUACUUGCUGAUUCCCUUCCCUUCAAGGAAUAGGGGGACAUAGUCUUGGAUGGGGUCCCUUGAGAUCUUCCAGUCUUGCUACAGUUUCGUGCAGGUAACCAGCCCAUUGCCGUUCCUCAGUCAAUUCACUGAGUUGGAUCUCAAGCCUGGUUUGGUUUCUUGUCUCCAUUAACCCUUGAAGGAAGCUGACCUCUCACAGAAUGUGGUAUCUCCCAUGGGCAGAAUCUUCAUGGAGAGUUUUUUUUACUUCAAUAAGACUUAAAAAAAGAAAAAAAAUAUGUAAUUUUUUUCUGUAAAUAUUGAUAUCUGUAAUAAAUUUAUUUUAUUUAAAACCCAACACUUGGGGAAUAUUAAAUUAAUCUGUAAUA